AACCUGCACGUGGUUCAUCUUUAAGCAGCUGACAAGAUGAGUUCUGCUGGUUCUCCAAAUCACCCUGUCAAGACUACAAUCAUUCUCUUUGGAAAGAAGGAGAGCUUGCAGAAGAAAAUCAAAAGUGAAAUCUUCAAAAAUCAGAGAACUGUUUCCAAAUUAUGUAAUGACUUUUUUGUGAGCGAGAGCGAAUCAUUCAAAAUCAUAAGUACUCUAGAUGUUUUGGAUGACAAAUAUCUGGAUCCAGAUCAGAGGAUAAUUGAUUUGAUGGCACUUUCUGAUUUUAGCCCUGAUCUGUUAAUGUUGGCAAUAGAUUCAGAGGAUACAGGGCAAGUGGAAAAAGUACAUGCUCAAAUCGACAAACUUGAACAUAUUUUUCAAGGAACUGUCAUAAAACACUUAGCCAUCAUAAUAGAUAAUGGCAAGAACAAGAAUAAACCCAACCUGAAUCAUGAGAAGGUAUUCUAUAUCCAGGAAGAUGUGAAUAAAAACCUGCCUGAUCAGUGUAAGGAAUGGUUAACUGAUCAGCCGCUCCAGUUUAAAACUGAAAACUACAUUCAAAAAGCUGUGAAACGAAGGAAACAAUAUUUUGAAAGCAUAAGAAAUGAAUGUUCUCCUGAUCACCAUGGGGCAAGAGGAACUGAAACCACCAUUGUUCUUCUGGGAAAAAGUGGAACUGGAAAGAGUGCAUCUGGAAACACUAUCCUGGCUGCUGGAAACUCCCAGAUGGAUUCAACUUUUGAAUCUCGUCCGAGCUCCACACCAGUCACCAACAAGUGUGAGGAGAAGAGGGCACAGAUAUUUGGGACACAGAUUAGAGUUGUUGACACUCCAGAUUUCUUGAACAACGAGGAAGAUGUAGACAAUGCACAAAUAGAAGAGUGUAAGAGGUACUGUCAGGAAGAACAGUGUGUUGUGUUACUUGUGAUACAGCUCGGCAGGUUUACAGAGGGCGAGAAUGAAAUAUUACAUAACCUGGAGAAACAUCUUCAGAGGAAGAUCAGGGAGAAAACAAUCCUCCUGUUUACACAUGGCGAAGAUUUCAACGGUGAUUUGACUGAGUUUAUUGGCGAACGAUCUCACCUCAAGUACAUUGUGGGAGCUUGCGGUAAUCGUUGCCAUGUAUUCAAGAACACUGUUAAGGACUCUAAGCAAGUCCUUUCGCUUUUCAUGAGCAUUUCUAAAAUUGUUCCAAAUUGCACACCAAAACAGCCUACACCGUGCUCUUUGUUUUAGUGUUUGCUGACUUACAUCACAAGCCCAACUAACACAUACAUGUUUGUAUGGCAAGUAAGCGUGUAAUCUUCUGAAAUUCUGUGAACUUCUUGUAUACACAUAUAAUGUGACAUCUCUUUAAUUACAGCAUUUGUAAUUUCAAGUACUUCUACUCUAUGUGAUUUAUAGAUACUUCUUUCACUUUUCAACUUUUGGGGAAGUUUUUAAAAAGAGAAGAUUUUUUUAAACGGUCUAGAUAAUAUAA